AGCUCCCAGUAUCACCCAGUGCUCCCAGUGCCCUCCCAGUAUCUCCCCAGUGCUCCCAGUACCCUCCCAGUCUGCUCCCAGUUGCCCCCCCAGAGCUCCCAGUAUCACCCAGUGCUCCCAGUGCCCUCCCAGUAUCUCCCCAGUGCUCCCAGUACCCUCCCAGUCUGCUCCCAGUUGCCCCCCCAGAGCUCCCAGUAUCACCCAGUGCUCCCAGUGCCCUCCCAGUAUCUCCCCAGUGCUCCCAGUACCCUCCCAGUCUGCUCCCAGUUGCCCCCCCAGAGCUCCCAGUUCCGCCCAGUGCUCCCA